AGUUAGUUUCAUUUUCUCUUCAGAGGAGGAAGAGUGUGAACACCAGGCCGAGUCAUCCUCUCAUAGUUCUGACCGCGUUUGCCUGGUUGUAGGUGAUAUUUAUUGAAAGCUCAGCACAGUGUAAGGGGGGAUAUCCAGCAUCGUGUCGGUUUGAGGUCAGAAGCGUCUCUGGGUAUCGAGUUCCCCGCGGUUCUGCGCUGACCGGCCUCAGGGCGCGCGCGGCUCCUGCGGCUCGUCGUGUUGAUAAAGCAGCAGCAGCGGACUGAUCCCGAGCAGCUCUCCAGAUCUCCACAGUUACAACAGCACGAUGUUGGAAGAAUCGUCUCUACAGCCCGAGUGGCUUUCUGAAGAGGUCUCAACCGGGACUACAAUCAUAGCCAUAGCGUUUGAAGGUGGAGUUGUGAUUGGAUCCGACUCACGCGUAUCUGCUGGGGCAUCAGUGGUGAAUCGUGUCAUGAAUAAGCUCUCACCACUCCAUGACAAGAUCUACUGUGCUUUAUCUGGAUCUGCUGCUGAUGCUCAGACCAUGGCUGAGAUAGUCAACUACCAACUUGAUGUGCACAGCAUUGAGGUGGGAGAAGACCCCCUUGUUCGCUCAGCUGCUACAUUAGUGAAGAAUAUCUCCUACAAGUACAAAGAAGAACUGUCUGCACAUCUCAUUGUUGCUGGCUGGGACAGGAGAGCUGGUGGACAGGUCUAUGUAACGCUGGAUGGCCUCCUGGCUAGGCAGCCCUUUGCUAUUGGUGGCUCAGGUAGUUCAUACAUCUAUGGGUUUGUAGAUGCCGAAUACCGACAAGGCAUGACAAAGAAAGACUGCCAAGAGUUCGUUGUAAAUGCAUUGGCUCUGGCUAUGAACAGAGAUGGUUCCAGUGGAGGCGUUGCUUAUUUUGUUACCAUUGACAAAGAUGGUACAGAUGAAAAGUGCAUUCUUGGAAAUAAGCUACCUACAUUUUUCGAUGAGUGAAAAAAAAAAAGAAUUUGCAUUUCCAAAUGUCCUGAGGAUAGCAGUCUUGACUAGAUUCUUACCAUGGGCAACAAUGACAAAAUGUGGCAUAUUUUUUCAUCUUGUUUGAAUAAAGUAAGAGUUUGAAACUA